AUGAAUUCUGGUACAAAUACAACUAAUAUGAAUGAUGCCAUGAAAUCAACAAAGAACCUGCUACUGAGUACAACUGCAUUAGAUUUCUUAAAUGAUAUAGAAAACAAAAAUCAAAACAAUUAUGAAGACGGAAUGAUAGAUAAUACUGUUAAUGCCACCAAUUCUUUAGUUUCCCAGAGUUUCAACGGUGUUUACAAAAAAUUUAAAUUCAAUCCAAUAUGUGAAUCUGGCGUGAGUUAUUUUAACAAAAAUAAAGACACUAGUCCACCUUUAUAUUUUUGGGAUACACAACUAGAAGAAGGUUUAAAUGAUACCAGUGGUAGUAAUACGAUGACAACCAACAAUGUUAUUAUUUCAGACGUGGUUGAUGUGGAUUACAUUUCCAAAUUAUUCGAAUUAUAUUACGAUCUAACUCCGGAACAUAGACACGAUUCAGGUAAGCUAACUACCUAUGGUAUAAUUAAUAAACAAGAAGUUGUUGAACAUUUUGAACUUGUUGAUUUAUGCUUUGAAGAUUUGUCCAAUGAGUUAGAUAUAUAUCUAAAUAAGAAACAACAACAACAACAUGAUAGCGCCGUUGUUAUAUCUUUGCAAGAACUUUUGAAUAUAGUUAAUUGUUUGAAAACAUUUCAAUUUUAUUGCAUCAAAAACGGUCCAGAUGAAUAUUUGGACUCCAAUUUUUUUAGCAAUUUAAAAGAAUGGGUCAACAAAUGCGACGGAGAACCCGACAUAAAUGACGUGGAAAAUUUUAUGGCAAAUUCUGUUGAUAACGUUGAAAUUUUUUAUAAACUAGUCAUUCGAUUUGUUUUAAGAGGGUUGUUCAAGCAAGCAAUUAACCUUUUAAUCACUUGGAGAGAUACCACCGCGUGUAAAUAUAUUAAUAAUGAACAGCAUUAUGAAGCUAUCAUCCAACUAUUAGAAAAUUAUCCAUUUGAUAAUGAACAACAUUUCCGUGAAUGGAAAAACUAUACUGCUGAACUAACCACGAUGGUGAAUAGUACCGGUUCUGAUUCUAGAGAUACAGGUGACAAGGAAUUGCAACAAUACUGGUUUAAUAAAUUAGUGUAUGUGCUAAAUGGAUCCAAACAUGAGAUUGCUACAUUGAGCGAUAAAUGGUAUGAAUGUUUGAGUGGGUUAUUUUUCUUUUAUAUACCAACUAUGAAAUUAUUACCAGAAUAUUUACAGAUUUCAUUGCAGAAUAAGAGCACCACUGGUAUCUGGGAGGAUUGUUGUGUUGAUGUAUUGUGCAACAGGUUAUUGAACAUAUUGCCUGUAUUGGAAUCCUUAAAUCAGCCAACAGCAGCAUUCAUUGCCGGUUUACUUGAAAGUCGUGGUUUGAUACCAACACCCGUUGAUGUUGUUGGCACCAGUGAUGUUUUUAAGCCAAGUUUAGCUUCCUAUAUGUUAUAUCAAUUGAGCUUGAAAAUCGUAACACCUACAUCAACAAGUAUUAUAUUAGCUGGUGAUAACAACGAUUGUGUAUUGUACAAGAGGUUGUUUUCCAUUUCCUUUGGUAUAUUAAAUGUUUCAGGGUAUCAUCCAUAUAUAAGGGAAACAAUUAGUGAGUUAUUAUUGCAUUACCCCAUUAUUAACAAUGAUGAUUUUGAAUAUUGUUUAACCGUUGCUGCUAAAUGGAAAUUGCCUAAUACGCUUUCUAAACUUUAUGAGAGAUUGGCUAUGAAAAUGAUAACCGAGGAGAAAAAUUUACUGGAAGGGUUAUUAUAUUUGAGUAAAGUUAUAGAAACCACUAAGGAUUUUAAAAGUGUUAGUUAUGUCGAAAAGAAAAUAACGGCGUAUAGUUUGGCACUAGUCAGAGAUAAAUUGAGUGGCUGUGGGAAUGCUAGUAUUCGCAGUAAUUUACUACUGGUUGAUGAGGUGAUUAAGAAGCAGGAAGAUAACAACACUGAUGUUGUUUUACCUAAGAUUUUAAAACAAAGCUUAUCACCAUAUGCGGUAUUAUUAAAAUGUUAUGCUUUUAAUGAUACUGGAAAAUUUUCUAAGCUUGUCAGCGCUGUUUGUACAUUGUUGGAGUUCAAAUACUUAAAUCAAGAUUGCAAAGUAAUGAUAUUAUACAAGUUUAUUUGGCCAUAUUUAACAAGUAACAGGAGUGGUGGUAUGAAAAAUGUAGACGUUCCUCUACUGUUACGAUUGAUAAAAACUAUUCAAGAUAUUAAAGAAGACUGCAACGCAAAAGAUGAUGGACACACUUUUUUCAUUGAAAUUCAAAAUGAGUUUCCCGACAGACGCGGAUUUCUAAUCGAAUUGAAAAAAUUAUUGAAUACAGUUUUUUGCAGAAGGUCAUCACUUUAUGUAUAA